GCUCGGCCCGCGCCAGUGUCCGCCAGACUGCCGAGCGCGUCGGGCCUCCCGCUUCCCCGCGCCUCGCUCGGCUCGUCGCGUUCCGUUUUCGAACAACAAAACCUUAGAACAACCGCCGCGAGUGCAUUAUGACACUAGUGAGCUAGCGGACCGCUGUGACGGUGUCGGUCGAUGUGUAUGUGUUCACGUGCUUGUGUGUUGUGUUAGGUUGGGCCCGUGACGAAAAACGUUCGUGGUGGCCAGCGGAGCCCUGCACCCGGGCUCGGGCCGAGCUUUCAUGGCUCAGCCUAGGUACGACGAAAGCCUCCACGGAGGAGGCUACAUGGAGGGAGGCGCGAUGUACCACGAACACAGACUAACGCACCCCCACCUCCCUCCGGUGCACUACCCCCCUCCGGCUGCGCCCGCGCACGCGUUGCCCGGGGAGCCCCUAGUCCACAAAAGGGAUAAGGAUGCAAUAUACGGGCACCCCCUGUUCCCGCUGCUGGCGCUGAUCUUCGAGAAGUGCGAGCUGGCGACCUGCACCCCCCGGGACCCUGGCGUGGCGGGCGGCGACGUCUGCUCAUCAGAGUCCUUCAAUGAGGACAUAGCUGUCUUCAGUAAACAGAUACGUCAAGAGAAACCUUAUUAUAUAGCUGACCCCGAGGUCGACUCAUUAAUGGUGCAAGCAAUACAAGUCCUACGGUUUCACCUAUUAGAAUUAGAAAAAGUGCACGAGCUGUGCGACAACUUCUGCCACCGCUACAUCAGCUGCCUGAAAGGCAAGAUGCCCAUCGACUUGGUGAUCGAUGAGCGGGAGUCAGCGCGGCCGCCCGACGCCAACGGCGAGCCCCGCUCCGCCCCCGACAGCAGCCACGAUGGCGCCUCCACCCCCGACGUUCGGCCGCCUUCCUCAUCACUGUCUUACGGUGGAGCGGUGAACGAUGACGUUCGCUCCCCGGGCUCCGGAGGGACCCCGGGACCCCUCAGUCAGCCGCCACCACAGACCCUCGACGCGACCGAUCCAGAUGCGAUGGGCAAAUGGUGCCCGUCGCGGCGUGAGUGGUCGUCGCCGCCGGACGUGGCGCGGCGGGUUUACUCCUCAGUGUUUCUGGGCAGCCCCGGUGAGUACCCAGGCGACGCUAGCAACGCGAGUAUCGGUUCCGGGGAGGGGACCGGGGAGGAGGACGACGACACGAACGGAAAAAAGAACCAAAAGAAGAGAGGGAUCUUCCCUAAGGUAGCGACGAAUAUCCUCCGGGCGUGGCUGUUUCAGCACUUAACGCAUCCGUACCCGUCGGAAGACCAGAAGAAGCAAUUAGCGCAGGAUACAGGGUUAACGAUACUACAAGUAAAUAAUUGGUUUAUCAACGCGAGACGUAGGAUAGUGCAACCCAUGAUAGACCAGUCAAAUAGAGCAGUGUUCUACCCUGCAGUGUUCCCGCAUGCUGGGCCGAGCGGCGCGUACAGUCCCGAAGCCACUAUGGGCUACAUGAUGGACGGCCAGCAGAUGAUGCACAGGCCACCCACGGACCCUGCCUUCCACCAGGGCUACGCGCAUUACCCCGCAGAAUACUACGGGCACCAUCUCUAAUGCCACCUGCAAUGUUAAUGUAAAUAUAUGAAUAACAGAAAGAGCGUAAGGCGGCUACUGCGCAGGGAGCCGUGACGCGACGCGACGCGACACAACACGACACGACGCUGUCGCAACAGCGCGGCGCGACGCGACGCGACAACAGGAGAACGAUGCUACACUGUACAUAAAACGAUACCUUUUGUAAUAUUUGAAACAGUAUACGAUCUCCUAACGUAAGGUUAAAGUCAAAUUUAAUGUUUAAUUACUGUAAAUGUUAAUUUACGCCACUGGUCUUGUAACAUAACGGUGCAAUCACCUUUAUAAAUAAUGCGGUUAUAUCACUCAGAAACAAUAGGAACAAGUUGAUGAAUGUAACAAUAAAAUGGUUUGAUAGUUAUCGUAUAUUUAUAGCUAAUUGUGUAUUGUUAUUACGUAAAUAUAAAUAAAUAAUUGAAUAGUUGUAAGUUGUAACUAUCAGUGGAAGUACUUGGGUCGCCGGACGGUAGAUGGGGAAUUGUAAAGGAUGUAUAAGUUAUUUUUGGUAUGGUUUUUCUUUGGUGAAGUAGCGGCGGGAGCAAUGCGCGGGCGCAGGGUAACAAAUAACAUUAUCACGUGUUUUAUUUAAGGUUGAUGGACAAUCUAAAAUUUAGACCUGUUUUUGAUUCUAGACAGACAUAAAUUACUUUUACGUAGGAAUAGUUUAUCUGAAAGAAUGGGCUUUAUUUAAAAAGUGUGGAUAUAAAAAACAAGAUAAUUAAUUAAUUUACUUGUUUAUUGCGUAAAUAUUGCGUGGAUAUUUUUAAUUGAAACCUGAUUUCUCAGAAUCCGCCCCGCCCGCGCCCGCCUAUGCCCCCGCUGCCGCUCAUAUCUUGCGACACGCCAAGUUGCGUCAAUCACAACUUAGUAUACUUACUUUGGUAGAAUGUGUUGCGUCUGUUACCUUUCUCACCAUCAUUAAGCUCAAAUUGUACUUCUAUCGUCAAUUUUGAUGUUGAAUUGUGAUUGUUGUAGGCUAGGAAGAAUUCGAUUGCGUACGUAAAAAAAAAUAAUGUUUUAAAAAAAGAGUAAUCAAAACGCCCGUUAACAGUUUUGUUUAAUUGAAUCGCAACGUUAAAUGUAUAGUUAUGACAAUCACAAUACAAUCAUAUUUCAUUGUCCGUACACUAGUUUCGUAAUUUUUGCGUUACAGGUGAAAUAACAUAUCUUGAUAUAUAUAUUUAUUAUAAUAAUGAUAUUGUGAAUUGAAUAUCAUCGUUUCACCUUGCCUUGGUGUUCACUAAUGUAGCACAAUUUGUAACCGAUGUAUACGACGACAAAAAUGAUAUUUUACAAUGUUAAAAAGAGAUUUUUAGGUCUAUUUUGUCUUGUAUAAUACCUGACAUUUGCCUUCUAUGUUACCAGGAGACCAUGAAGUUUUAUUGUUCAUGCGUGUGAAGAGGCUUACGGAUUGAACGUGAUGCUGGCUGUAUUGCGCUUUUGAAUAUCGAACAUUGAAAAAAGAAAUUGAUGGCAUGGCUACAUAAUUUAUUUGUUAGUUGCCUACACUUGAAGCAAUUGGCUUUAAGUUUUGAACGUUCGAUAUUUAAAAAACACUAUGUCUAAGCGCAGGACUUGCCAGCGUUCACUUUGUUCGAUCAAUUGAACUUAUGUAUGACCAAUUAUUUUUACUAGUAGUUGAACUAUUUGGAAAAUAAAAACAGGUAGAUAAUAUUUAAUUCAAAAUUACUACAUCUAAAGUAUGUAAUAGUUUUCAAUUUGAUAGAAUCAUUGUUAUUUUCAUCGAUUCGCCAGCCUCUGCGUCGCACUACAUAUUAAAUAGUGACAAAGUCGUGUGAUUUUGUGACUGAUAAGAAUUGUGAGCUUCUCUUAGAUUACAAACGUUUUUUUUUUAACUGUUCCGUGGACGAAAUUUGAGAUACGAUUAAAUUACAAUUUACAGUGAUAUAGGUGUUUAAAUAUAAAGUCCGUUCCAAUUUAUUGUGGGAAAGCGGAAUGUUCAGUUUUCAGUAAAUCUUUUGUGAGGGUAUUAUCAUCGUGAAAAUUUUAGCUGAGCAUUAAGUCGCUUAUCCUAAAAAUAAGACACCGUUUUUCCACAAUUUUUGCAAUGGACCAAAACUUGCGUACCACGGAACGCAUCUAUGUUUCAAAUCAUGAGAAUACGUUAAGUAAUGCUUUGCAUUACAGCCUUAUGCCAUGUAUACGAACGGGAGCUAUAAAUGUCGAAGCCUAGUUACGGUUAACUUCGGAAAUAUCCGGAAACAAGCUUUAUACUAGGGUAAAUGAACCACCAUUGUAUUUUAAAUCAAGCGUGACACACGUUUUUGAGAGGCGACGCACAGUGGACUUAAUGUGAACUAAAAUUGUUAAGAAAAUUCGAAUUUAGAAUAUUUAAAAUUGUGCGUACAAAAGAGGUGCCGACUAAUAUUUUUUUUAUCUGUGCCACAUGUCGGCCAAAAAGUUUUUUUUAUUCUAUUUCAGCACGCACUGCGCAAAAUAAAUUUUUGCGUUUUCUGUUUUAUUUCGCGCACAUUCUAGACAAAUAGCGAUGCUUUAAUUAAAAUUGAGAAGUAAUGGCGCCACGCGCCGCCUCCCGAAAACACACUGUGUCAAUUUUAGUGUCUCAUAUUAGAAGGUUUGUUAACUUUUGUAAAUAUUCUUAUCGUAAAAAUUACAUCGCCAUUUUACUUUGUAUAAACCGUUUCGUUUCCACUUAGGUUUCAGUAUUAAGGCUUGCGUGUCAGUGGCGCCCUCUGAACGAAAACUCUUAUAAUCUAAGACGAAAACGUAUAAAAGUUUUUGAGUAAUAUUAUGUGUUGUCCUUGAAAUGAUGUAUAAAUUACACGAGGGUUAUUGGCUUACUUGAUACUUACUUGCACCAUCCGAUGAGGAGUUACAGAACAUGGUAACAAUAAUGAAUGAUGCAAUUGAAUGUAAGUUAUGGAAGUUAUUGUGAAUAAGACUAAGGUGGUGGUUUUUAAAAAGUAUAACAGUAUGUAAUAUUAGUAUAAAUGGAGAAAGAGUGCAGCAAGUGAAUGAAUUUGUGUAUUUAGGCUGCAUGUUCACAAGGUAUGGCAAGAACGAGGGAGUUUUAGAGAGAAGAGUGGCUGCGAGAAAUAAAGUAAAUGAGGCAUUACCUUUAUACCGAAUAGCAGGACAUUACCUUUAUACCGAAUAGCAGGAGGGUAUCAAAAAAGCCGACUUCAUCAUGGAAUUAAUGCCCAGACUUAUGUAUGGGAGAGAGUUGGGUAUGGCAGAAAGAGUGAACGCAUUUGAAAUGAGAGGUUUAAGAAGUAUGUGUGGUGUUUAAAAGGGAUUAGAAAUAUCGAUGUAAAAGAAAUAUGAGUGGAAGAGAAUGUGAGAUGUGAAUGACGUGUGAAGUGACGAUGGGAAGAGUAUGUUGAGAUGGUUUGGACAUGUCGAGAGAAUGGAUGAGGACAGACUAACGAAAGGAAUUCAUGGGGUAGAGCUGACUGUGAAAGUGGUCCAGGGCCACCCUGGUCGAACUUUCAAGGACGAAAUUUAGAAUGUGUUAAAAAAGGGAGAUGUUAGGAGUACCCGUAAUCGUCGAAUAUGCAUGAAAAGAAUAAUGAGCGUGGAGGAAGUGGGAACGGUCUGUAAAGAUCGUAGCAAAAAAAAAUCCAUAGACUCUGCGUACCCCAAUGAGAGACAGGCGUGAUGGUAUGUAUGUAUGUAUGUACCAUUGACACGUAAGUCACCUUUUCACGAUUUUCGAACAUUUCUUCCACAAAACCAGCCUUUGUUGAUAUUUCACAUUUAUUAUUGUUAUUUGCAUUGCGUGUAAUAUAUUUUUAUUAAGAGAAAAAUCUUAAAUAGUAGUUGUUAGGUAUUAAUGUAUUAAUUGAAGAAUUUUAUUUUGAUUUUUCUCUUUAUUAUAUAUGUAUAUGUACAUUAUAUAUAAUGAUUUGAAAGUCAUCAAGUUAUUGUAAAUAUAGUAUACUAAAAGAACAUUGAGCGUCUGUCAGCGAGACUUUUCAAUUAUUCAGUGGUUGGAGACGGAAAAGUUAAUUAUAUAUUUGUAUUGUAUAAUUUUGGCGAGGUACAUAUUAUUAUAAAUAUAAAGUAUA